AUGGAACCUCCGCCUGUUGAUCUGUCCUCCCUACAGGAACUUGCAACCUGGCUUGAUGAAUCUGCAGAACGAUUUGGCUGUGCUGAGCCGCUGGGGGUCGAAGAGGAGGUGGUCCAACUUGACACCGACAUGCCUCUAGCGGCAUCUUUACCGGAAGAUGAGGACAGCUCGUUGCUCGAGGCAUCAGCCAGCCUGCCUGCGGAGUCCAACAGCGAGAAUUCAGAGCUACUUGCAGCUCUGCGAGCCGAGCGAUACGGCCUCAUCUGCCGGUGUCGGUGCAUAGCCGCCUGGACGUAUGCUCGCCUGGAAACCAUGCACCAGCAGUACGAAGAGAUAUUCUCUCGGAUGGACGACUGGAUCAAGGACCGCGUCAAAGAAGAAAACGAAGCAAUCAAGGCCACGGAAGCUCUUCUUCGAACAGGAAGAUGGGAGGAUGAGGAGCAAGCAUUCACAACCACCAGAAGCAUGCGAAGGUCCCAGACAACCACAAUGAAGCCCGCGCUGACUGGGGCAGCUGGAAAACGACGUCGAGAUGUCCUCAAGGUUAUUAUCGCACGGACUUUGGACGUGGACGUCUAUGUACCUCCAAAGCUUGAGGUUGGGUCGAAGGGAAUGGCUUCCACGAGACCACCCACAUCCAACUCACAAGGUGUUGGAUCCCGGCCUUCAACUACAAUGAAAAGCCCCUUUGUCUUGCCGGAGAAGUGGUCACAGGACAUGAUUUGGGGACUCUUAACAAGACUGGCGGACUUGAGUGGCAGCGUUUGUUCUUCGGAGCAGCUGCUCCAGGCCCUCCUGGAGCGUCGCCAUGGUGCCCUCGGCUUCGACAACGAGCAGGUGAUACCGGAGUCGUGGGUCAUGAGACCUUUGGUCGUCUACAAGUUGCUGUGCGACUCAAUGGUGAUGCCCGCAUGGGGUUCAACCGGGGUGGACGUGACCGAGUUCCUCCUGGCAGCAGUCCCAGUAUCCUGA